AUGGCUCGUGCUACUUAUCUCCUUCCCCUCUUCGUAGUACUGAUACACCUCCGUUCACUAGCUUCAUCCACUUCCUAUGGCAACCUCACAGCCCCUUCGUGCCAUCCAGACCAUGCUGCAGCACUCCUCCAGCUCAAGCAAUCCUUCCUCUUCGACUACUCCACCAACACCCUUCCUUCAUGGGAAGCAGCCACUGACUGCUGCCUCUGGGAGGGUGUUGGCUGCGACAGUGUCUCUGGCCAAGUCACCGUUCUUGACCUCAGUGGCCGUGGCUUGUACAGCUACAGUCUUGACAGAGCGCUCUUCAACCUCACCUCGCUCCAGCGACUCGACCUGAGCAAGAAUGACUUUGGUGGAUCAUGUAUUCCGGCAGCUGGCUUUGAGAGGCUUUCGGUACUCACACACCUUAACCUUUCUUACUCAGGUUUCUAUGGACAGAUUCCCAUUGUAAUAGGCAAACUCUCGAGUCUCAUAUCCUUGGAUAUUUCUUCAAUCCAUUACAUUGAUGGUGGUGAAAUAGACACACUCUAUAAUGUUUUCGACAGCUAUAGCCUUUUGGUCCUACAAGAACCAAGUUUCGAGACACUAGUGUCAAACCUCACAAAUUUGAGAGAGCUCUACCUUGACGGAGUGGACAUAGCUAGUGGCGGAGAAGACUGGGCCAGAACGCUUGGAAAAUAUGUUCCUCAUCUUCAGGUUCUUAGCAUGGCAUAUUGCAGGCUUGUUGGUCCUAUCCAUUACUCCAUGUCACUUCUCCGCUCUAUUGAAGUGAUCAAUCUCAAACUGAAUGGAAUUUCCGGGGUGGUUCCAGAAUUCUUUGCAGAUUUUCUCAAUUUAAGAGUUCUUCAACUCAGCUUUAAUAAUUUGAGAGGCAGCUUUCCUCCCAAAAUCUUUCAGCUGAAGAAUCUGGGAGUACUGGAUGUGUCAAAUAACGAACAGCUAUCGGGGAAUGUUCCAAAAUUUCUCUAUGGGAGCUCCCUGGAAACUUUGAAUCUGCAGGAUACCCUUUUCUCUGGUGUCACUCUGAGCUACUUUGUCAAUCUCACAUCUUUGACAGAUCUGGGAAUAGAUGGAAGAUCAAUUUUUACGGAGCCUCCCUAUUUUUUUAUAAACAAGCUGAACCAUAUUAGUACCUUGCGACUCUCUUCGAUAAAUUUUUCAUGGGAGGUAGGGUCAAAAUUCUCAUGGAUUGGUGAUCUCCAGAGCUUGACAACAUUGAAACUGUCUGAUUGUUACUCCACCAAGACAAUGCCCUCCUGGAUUGGAAACCUCACCAAUUUGAGAAGCUUGGAUAUCAGGUAUUGUGAUUUCAUUGGGCCAAUUCCACAUUCAAUUGGCAACCUCACGACAUUGGAAUAUUUGGCAAUCUCUGAUUGUGCUUUCUCGGUUCAAUUACUCUCUUCCGUUGGCAAUCUCAGAAACUUAAGAUUCCUGCAAAUAUCCUAUGAUUAUCAUGGUUUAUCUGGCCCUAUAACACCGGCAAUUGGACAUCUCAACAAGUUGGCAGUAUUAAUACUUAGAGAUUGCAGCUUUUCUGGGAGAAUACCAAAUACAAUUGCCAACAUGACUAAACUGAUUUUUCUGGACCUUUCACAGAAUGACCUUGUCGGUAAGAUUCAAAAUCCAACUAUCACAUUAUACCUUAUAAUUUGUGAAUUAUGCAUCAAAUGA